GCUGCGCUGGAGGGAGUCAGUGCAGUCCUGUGUCGGACACGCCCGCAGCCUGGACCCGGGAUCCCCAUUUCCCUAGAACCCCUGAGCCUCGGGCCUCCGCACCCACAUCCAAGGUGAGUCUCUCCGCUGGCUGUGCUGGGGCUGGAUGGGUCGGACCCUCUAUUCCGGCUGCAGCUUCCCGCGCAGUGAGAAGGCAGCGGUCCCUGAGAGCCCAGCAGUGCCCUGGGAGCCUGCAGAGCGCAGGGGCGGAUUCUGCGUCGCACUGGCCGUCACGGGGCGGCCGCGGAGGAGAGGGGUGGGUCGGUGGGUCUGACAACAGGUCUGCGUAGGCGGCCGCUUCUGUCCCUCCCAGCCCCUCGCUCCGCGCAAUGAGCGGGCCCCGGGCCCUGCUGGCCGCGCUCUGGGCGCUGGAAGCCGCCAGGGCCACGGCGCUUCGCAUCGGAGCCUUCAACAUCCAGAGCUUCGGCGACAGCAAAGUGUCGGACCCGGCUUGCGGCAGCAUCAUCGCGAAGAUCCUGGCGGGUUAUGACCUCGCGCUGGUGCAGGAGGUGCGAGACCCAGACCUCAGCGCCGUGUCCACGCUCAUGGAGCAGAUCAACAGGGUGUCCGAGCACGAGUACAGCUUUGUGAGCAGCCAGCCCCUGGGCCGGGACCAGUAUAAGGAGAUGUACCUGUUCGUGUACAGGAAGGACGCGGUGGCUGUCGUGGACACAUACCAGUACCCGGACCCCGAGGACGUCUUCAGCCGCGAGCCCUUCGUGGUCAAGUUCUCGGCCCCCGGCUCAGCGCAGAAGCUGGUGCUGAUCCCGCUGCACGCGGCGCCGCAUCAAGCCGUGGCGGAGAUCGACGCGCUCUACGACGUGUACCUGGACGUGAUCGACAAGUGGGGCACCGACGACAUGCUGUUCCUGGGGGACUUCAACGCCGACUGCAGCUAUGUGCGGGCGCAGGACUGGGCUGCCAUCCGCCUGAGAAGCAGUGAGGUCUUCAAGUGGCUCAUCCCUGACAGCGCCGACACCACGGUGGGUAACUCAGAUUGCGCCUACGACCGCAUCGUGGCCUGCGGCGCCCGCCUGCGCCGAAGCCUGAAGCCCCAGUCGGCCACUGUGCACGACUUCCAGGAGGAAUUCGGCCUGGACCAGACUCAGGCGCUCGCCAUCAGUGACCACUUUCCGGUGGAGGUGACCCUCAAGUCCCACAGAUGACUCGAGGCCUGGCUGGGGCAUGCCACCUGCAGACCCUGGCCCUGAGGAAUGGCCCCACAGUGGCCCCUUCAGGGUAGCAGCCACCCUUCAGUGAGGCCCCAAGGCAGAGUCGGCUGGGCGUGGACCAGGGGCCAUGGACACGUAAUGGGCUGCCCUGCAACUCCAUUCCCCAUCUGUGAGACGGGCUGCAUCCAGCGACCUCAGGGGGUGUUGUCAGCCCCAUGAGGGGCACAGAGGGCACUGCCUGGCAAAUGUCUGCUCAAUAAAUGAGCCGCUCCCAGCCGGGCCCCACA